UGUUGUUCUGAGUGACGGGCCGCUCGGCGCUGCUAAAGGCCGCGUUAGCACCGAGCUGGUGAUUAGCUACGGAUUAGAGGUCGACUUUAUAUUCCCUCCAAACCGAAUUAGAGACCUACCCUCUCCCAUCCCCCCCACUCUUCACCCCGUCCCUUUAUUUUUUUCCCCCUUCAGAGAGCAAGCGAUGGCUCAGGAGACGAAUCAGACACCCGUGCCGAUGCUCUGCACGACGGGGUGCGGUUUCUACGGAAACCCCCGGACCAGCGGCAUGUGCUCGGUCUGCUAUAAAGAGCACCUGCAGAGGCAGCAAGCGGGUGGGCGGAGCAGUCCAUCAGCCGCCACUUCUCCGUCAGGGUCCACAGGAACCCCUGCUGUAACCGUGGAGACGGAUCCUAACACAGACGCCGUCUCAGAAACUGUGGCUCCUCCCGAGGAGACGAGCAGCUCAUCCAGUCCCGUCACUCAGCAGAUGACGGCCAUGAGCAUCUCCCAGGAUGCCGCAGCAGCAGCUACUGACUCAGACCGACCCGACGGUGAGGAGGAAGACGAAGACGAAGGAUCGUCCAAAAGCACAGGUCCGGCCACAGAGGCAGCGCAGGCCUCAUCAGAUGGAGAGCAGACGCCCGACAAGAGCAAGAAGAAGAACCGAUGCUUCACCUGCAGAAAAAAAGUCGGCCUCACGGGCUUUGACUGUCGAUGCGGUAACCUGUUCUGCGCCGUUCACCGCUACUCGGACAAACACGACUGUCCGUACGACUACAGAGGAGCGGCGGCAGCUCAGAUCCGUAAAGAGAACCCCAUCGUCGUGGCAGAGAAGAUCCAGAAGUUAUGAAGACUUGACUUACAAAGAAAAUCGAAAAACUAAAAUGAGGAUUGUGUUUGACCUGCGGGCUUUAUCAUAGCAAUGGUGACACCGAUUUCUGACACGGCUCCGUUUCUCUGUGGUAGGAAGCAGCAGCGCCGCACACGCCUGCUCUAAAAACCCAGCGAUUUCCCCACCUCUCUUUCUCUCUCUCUCUCCCUCUCUUUCUGAGUGACAGAACAGUGUGUGUUUGCGUGCGUAUGUGUCUCUUUGUACGUGUGUGUGGUCGAGAGUCAGGGGGAGGGUCUUGUAGGGGUUUUUCUUUGUUUUUUUAUGGGGGGGAGGGGCGGGUUUAUGUUUUCUUUUUUCUGUAUUUAUCAGUGUGAACUUUGGGAAAAGUGACGCCGAGGUUUACGAAGGGGUGUUCAUUUAUUAUUUUAGUUCUUUUAUGAUUUUUUUUUUGUGUGAUCGAUUUAUCAGAGCUUUUCUUUCACUUAUAAUUAAUGAUCGAGUGAGUGACAAUUUCUUUUCCUUUUUUUCCUCUCUUCCUGUUUUAACGAUCGUGUGAAAGCUUUUUCAGAAGAUCUAUAUUAAUAUAUUGUAGUUAGAUCAAGUUGUCUGAUCGAAUCCUAUUUAUUAUUAUUUUAAAUAUAUAUAUUUUUUAGUUUCCGUUUGUGCGAGUUGUGCCGGAGGCGUGUGGACAGAGGAAAGGGGAAAAAAACAAAAACUUUGUUGUCAUUAAUCUUUGGAUUAUAUGGCAUGCUUGAGCCGCAGACAAGACUCUAACCAAAGCGCAGCAUGACGCGGAUGAUCCGAGCACAAAUGGGAAAGGAUUGUUUGUUUUCUUUUUUUUUUUUUCUUCUCAUUGACCACAAAUAUUCCUGACCACCAGCAAACGCCGGACUCAUAGAAACACAGUCUGUUAUGUGUUUUCUUCAGCUCUGUGCAUACACACUCACUCACACACAUACACAGGGUGUACUUUGAUGAUGUCACAAAUGAAGUAGUCACUGCUUCCAGGAAGACAAGAGAAUCUUCACGUGAGCGAAUGGCUACUUAGCAGUGCGACAAAGCAUGUGACGAUCACAUCGCGCAAUAUCGUUCUUACCCCAUCCCCCAUCGAACAUCAUGAUGUGAUCAUAUCAAGCCGUUUUUGUAUAUUCUAUGUCGAAAGUGUGUGUGCGCGUACAUACCACAUGGCUACUUUACUUAUAACCAGCUUAAUGAGAGCGUGACGAGGUUAGCGCUCAAAGUUGUCCAUUUGCUAAUCUGCUACUCGUCCCGGAGCAGAGGAAUGAAGGACAAGUGUGUAUCAGGGUGGGGAGGGUUAUUGCGUAUUUAAAAAAGAAAAAAAAAAGGGCUGAAGCAAAUGGGGCGUGGUCACAGGGGACAGGUAGUGGGAGGAGUUUGGUUGCUGGGUUUCUACAGUAUUUGUCUUUUUUACGUCAUCGUAUAGUUUCAAGAUCCAGAAUGCAAUGGUUAGUAGGUGUCUGUUUCUUUUCUUUUUUUAAAAUUCUUUUUUUAUGUCUUUAAACACAACGUGACAAGGUUAGACUUCAAACAAAAUAAUAAUAAUAAUGUGAUUGAUGUGACCCGUUUUGCAUAAACGUGGAAAUAAUGUGAGCGCAUCUCCCUAUUUUUACACAUCUAUUUCCUCUACUUUUAUUUUUGAUUCUUUGUUGGCGCUCCUAACUUUUAGCAGAAUCCGAGCUAUCCAUCAAACAACAGGGCGGGGUCUUGCAUCUUGUUGUUAACCCUUUUUUUGUUUGUUUGUUUGUUUGUUUUUUUAAAACAAUAGCAUCGGAGUGCGUUUGUACAAACGCAUCUUUCGGUAUUAGAAGUUUUAUAGUUUGACUUAAUGCUUUUGAAGUUUAAAAAGCAGUAGACUGUGACUCGUCCCAUCCUUACCGUUUAAUCUUUUAAGAUUUUAAAUACUUUUUAUAAAGUAUAAGGUAUAUAUAUAUUUUAUAAAGCAUUAAGGUAACAAUAUAAUAUCUUGUUCCAUUAAUUAUGUAUUGAACUUUCACACACUUCUUGUACUGCUUCAAGCUGAAGCUGAAAGAGUAAUCAUGUCACGAAUCUUUAGUCAAAAAGCCAUAUCAUAUCGAGCAAUGGAGAAAAUCUAUAUAGUUAUUUACAAAUAAGACAUAAAUAUGAAGCACCGGAGUUUUGAACACACCAGCGUUAAAUCACGUUCAGGAGUCACAUAAAGAGUCGACCUGUGUGCAAGUAAAGUGUCGCUUUUACAAGAGUCAGGAUCUCUAGAUCUCGCAGCAUCAUGGGAGAAAUGAAAUGAAAUCCGAAGUCUGAUUAUUAAAAAGUCUGAUUAUUAAAAAGUUUCUCAAACAUGUGACCUAGCAACCAUGAGUAAGCUUUUUUGUUUAUAGUUUUUUUUUUCCCUUCCUUUAAAUGGGAAGAAUAUACGGCACUGCUGCAGCUCUGUCUAGAGGAGAGCGCCCCCUCCAGACGCCAAUGAAAAUGGAAAAAGGGUGGGAAUGAGUCUGAGAAGCGACCAAGUCAAACACUUUAAAGUCUGCGUAGAGUUGUGAAACGGUCGUAACGUUUUAACCCCAAGACUUAAAGAGUGAAGCAGACUUGAGCUCCUGUAGUGUUUAAUUGAUCAGUUAGCGUGUUUAUCUUCACCAUCAACAUGAGCCUCCUCUUUCUCCUCCUCCUGUUGUUGUAGUUGAAGCAGUUCCUCUAUGAAAGCCUUGUGUUGCUGGAGAGGUUCAAAUGAUCUGGACUUGGUUAGUGCGGUCUCCUCCUCCACCUUCAGCUCGUCACUCUGACUGCUUGUAAUGUCUGUGCUUUAGGUAAGAAACCACAUGGAGUCAGAGCUCCUUUGCUGCGUACAUUUGAGACAGUUUGUGUUCCAGUUUGGCUACUACACGCAUUUAACUUCAGCGCCUGUAGUAGAGAGCCGACAGGUAACACCAACGCCCUGGAGUUGAGCUCCUGUGACUGAGCCGUCCAUGCAUACUGCUGAUAGAUGAGGGGUUUCCAAAAUGCAUAAGAAACUGCUCGGUUUCUUACUUUCCUACUUGAUCUAAGACCAGAGAAUUUAUUUUUCUUCCAUACAGUCCUGCUUUGUGAUUUGUUCAAUGAACAUCUUCUCAUUUCUAGCAUUUGCAGAGUUACUGAUAUCACUUCUAUUUUGUAUUAUUAUAAUAGUUUUUUUUUCUUCUCGGUUGCUUGUUCAUGGCCACGUUUGUAUGAUGCUGUGUUUUCUAGCAAAUUCAGAUUUCUUUCAGGAGCAGGUGUAGUUACAUUGAGAGAUAAUAAACACACUGCACACAGGUCGACUCUUCGCACAGUUAAACCCCGCCUCACGAAUUUUUUACCUCAGGAACUGAAAUUUUGAAAAGAAAUUUGUAUCUUCAGCAUACGAACGAGCCGAACCUAACGCCAGGUAACGUCAUGCGUACGUCCGGGAGCCGCUCAAAACUCGUUCGCGUCAGUGGAAACCCAAAUAAAGCGAGUUUACAAAUUUUUACACAGAUUUUUCAGUCAGCGAACGCGUCAAUGCACGGUACCAACGUUUGCUUAAUUUUAAUCGAUUUAUCACACUUUAAAAAAAACAUUUUUUUACGUGGUAAUAUUUUUGGCUGGCUGUAAUAAAUCAUCUGCAUUUACAUUAUUAUUAUGAGAAAAUUCAUAUCGGAUAUUGUAUCAUUCAGCUGUAACUAAAAGUGUGACUUUUGAUGGAGAAUUUAGCAAACUGUACAGAGAGUGUAGAUGAUCCACGAGCUCUAAUCCGAAUCCAACUGCAUUUCAGUUCCAGGUUCUAACGAUAAUACAAAAUACCGAAAUGUUUAAGUGGGGGUAAAUACUUAUGCACAUGUUAUUAUUAGGUGUGUUCUGCUAAUCAUUACUGAUUUUGUUAUAAAUCUGUUCACACUUAAACAGAAUUACUGGAGUAUGAUUAUCAGCCGAUCAACAUAUCAGUUUUUGUUUUGUUUUUUUAAUUAAAACAUGAUGUCAUGCAGCUCUGUUAUUCCCACCAAUUGUUUAAUAAAUAAAAAAAGAAAGGAAAAUAAUGACUAAACUGAAUGUAAUUGUUUUUUAUUAGUACAGUAAUGCGAUACGCUCGCACCUCCGUUCUUAAAAACAACCUUCUCCUGCAACACCUCUGUUUGUUGUUUUAUCCAGCUGACCUGUGUGUGUGUGUGUGUGUGUGGAGGAGGGGUAAACGUUCUAAAGCGAUGUCUAAAGGCGGAGUGUUGUGGUUUUUUUUGGUGCUCGUUUAAGCCAUAUGUCUUGUUUCUUGUUUUGUCCCCCCCCCCUGCCAGUCCUCCGUCUCUCACACCGUCCUCCAUACUCACCACCGACUUUUAUUUUAUUUUAGUGUUUUUACAAUUUAGGAUUUUUUUUAUGUGUACGUACAGUAUAAACACAAUACAAUUAAAGUUUAUUUUAAAAUUA